AUGAAAGCCGUGGUAGCUCAUCAUUUGGGCUUCAGGUCGCCCGAUGGGUGCCAUAUCGCGAAGAUAGAGGACUGGUUCCGGGGCAGCUUCAACGUUUGCAUUCCUAUUUCGAUUGAUCCCUGGAAGGGCCAGCAGCAGCCGGGUCAUCGAGUCUUCCUCCGAUUUCCUCUUCCAUAUCGUGUCGGCGAGAAAUUUCGACCUAGAAAUGGGGAUGAAAAUAUCCAAUGCGAAGCUGGGGCUCCAUACGCCGUCGGGUAUUACAAUGGCUUCGCUUGCCGACGCCUUCGUAUUACGUCCGCCAUCCGAAUCAAAACCAGCCUUCUCUGGAUGGUGUGA